AUGCCGUCCACGAUUUUCCCCAAAUGGCCUCAUAUCCUCUUUGCAGUGGUAGAGCCCAUCUCACUAAUUGCCGGAUGGUCAGCUCCCAUUUUCGACUUGCGUGGAUUCAUCCUUAACCAGGCCCCAAACACCAUCCAACCGCCUGCCGAAAUCCAUAAUAGCAGCAUAGCCCUCGCCUACCAACUCGCCAACGUUUAUGGCCUUCUUUUCCUCCUGGGAGUGGGAAUCUUGCAUUCUACCACUGAGCCAGCUAUCCUUAGAAACUACCUUAUCGCUCUCGCGAUAGCUGAUGUCGGCCACGUCUAUGCCACUUAUCUGGCAAUGGGCACCGAGGCGUUCCUUGAUGUUGCAUCCUGGAACGCUAUGACCUGGGGUAAUGUUGGAAUCACCGCGUUCUUGUUCAUCAAUCGCAUUGCGUACUUUCUGGGUCUUUUUGGCUAUGCAAAGGCCCCCGAGGCGGCCAAGUUGCCCAAGUCGCCAAAGUCACCUAAGGGGAAGGGUAAAAGCAAGAGGCACUGA